CUGAUCCUCUGUGGUGCAGGUGAAGGUGCUCUCUCUGCCCCUUCACCUCCACACUAACUUUUUGGAAAAGAGAACAACAUGAGUUUCUACGCUGACUUUGGGCCCCUCAACCUGGCCAUGCUGUACAGAUACUGCUGCAAACUUAAUAAGAAGCUUAAGUCUUUCACAAUAUCCAAGAAGAAGUUGGUUCAUUUUACCUGUUAUGACCAGAAGAAAAGAGCAAAUGCAGCUGUCCUUAUUGGUGCCUACGCUGUUAUCUAUUUAAAAAGAAGUCCAGAAGAAGCCUACAGGACUCUUAUCUCAGGAAACAACACAGCAUAUCUGCCAUUCAGGGAUGCUGCAGUAGGAGAGUGCUCAUUCAACCUCUCUGUGCUUGACUGCUUAAAAGCAAUAUGCAAGGCAUUACUGUAUGGUUUCUUGGACUUUGACAGCUUCGAUGUUGAGGAUUAUGAACACUAUGAGCGUGUAGAGAACGGGGAUAUGAACUGGAUCAUACCAGGGAAGAUUUUGGCAUUCAGCAGCCCACACCCUCGCAGUAAGAUAGAGAAUGGUUAUCCUCUCCAUGCACCAGAAGCAUACUUUGCAUACUUUCAGCAAAAUGACAUCACAUCCGUGGUCCGUUUAAACAGGAAGUUAUAUGACAGCAGGCGGUUUGAGGAUGCAGGAUUUGACCACCAUGAUCUCUUCUUCGUGGAUGGGACCACUCCCUCUGAUCUCAUCAUCAGGCGCUUUCUGCAUGUGUGUGAAAGCAAUGAAGGGGCUGUGGCAGUGCACUGUAAAGCUGGCCUGGGCCGUACAGGCACUCUCAUUGGCUGCCACCUGAUGAAGCACUUCCGGUUCACUGCAGCUGAAUCCAUUGCUUGGAUCAGAAUCUGCCGGCCUGGAUCCAUCAUUGGCCCACAACAGAACUUCUUAGAGGAGUGAGUCAGGUCUCCAUUAUAUGUGUUAAACCUGUCAAAGGCUUCUCUCUGCUCGAUCCUCCCACCCCCUACGUCCCCCAAAGCCCCCCUCUCCUUCUCCUCUUCAGCCUCCUCAAAAAAGAUUGUGCGGAGCUCCUCCUCCUCUGUCGCUCAUUUCAAGAGCCCCUUCAGCCUCCGUCUGUUCAGCACCAGGCCGGCUAAAAUUCACUGA